UCAAUGGGCAAUCAAGAAAGCUCAUGGCCUGGGCCUAGUGACCUCCAUUGCACUUAGGAGGGGUGCUAGCCCAAGGUCGACCCAAGUGGUCGAGCCUACGUCAUAAUUUGUGAUAGCGGGGGCCUGCGUUCGCGCGGCCCCUACCCAAUUCCCUAAGUCUUAUCUUUCCAGGUCAAGCCCUUGAGGAUUUUCUACCCUGUCGAUCUUCUCGUGGCCUAGUUGGUUUUAUGUGCCUAUUUCCACUUUCCUGGCAGCUUCGUCUUUCUGAUUUUAGGAAUAAUAAAAGGAGGGUUCUCUCUUCUUUAACUGAGAAGAACAUGUGAGCUUUUGAGUUCAGCAUCGGAGAAAUCGUAGGUUUUUAUGCCUUGGGAUGGAGGGAGUUGACCCAUCGGCCGUGAGUCUCCGUCCCUUCAGGAUUUCCGACGCCGACGACUUCCUUUCGUUCGCAGGUGACGACCAGGUCACCAGGUUCCUGAGAUGGAACACGCUGGCCUCCAGAGAGGAGGCCCUGGCCACCAUCAGGGACGUCUGCAUGCCGCACCCCUGGCGCCGCGCGGUGUGCGUCGGGGACCGCUGCGUCGGGGUCGUCUCCAUCUGGCCUGGGUCGGGGGACGACAGGUGCCGGGCGGACAUCGGGUACGCCGUGGCCAGGGAGUGGUGGGGGAAGGGCGUGGCGACCCGAGCGGUGAGGAUGACGCUGUCCCAGGUGUUUGGGGAUUUGCCUGACGUGUUGAGGAUUCAAGCCUUUGUCGGGGCGGACAAUAAGGCUUCCCAGAGAGUGUUGGAGAAGGCCGGGUUCACGAGAGAUGGGUUGCUGAGGAAGUAUACCUAUCUGAAGGGGACUCUGCAGGAUCUGUACUUGUACAGUUUCUUGUCUACCGACGUCGUCCCCGCCGCCGCAGACUGAUAAGUACCAAUCCGAUGGCUUUACGAAUCGAGUCUCGAAGGCAUAUUGAAGUCUGAAAAUUUUCCUGCCUUGCUAGGAAAAGCUAAGAGGUCGAUCUAUAUUUUCGAGUCACUAAGUUUAUCUUCAUUCAUGUACGAGAAUUAGCUCCUCAAUAGUCGUGUUCAUGGCGAUCUCAAUGUUUCUUCUUCAUGGAGUAUGAAAUGUAACUGCUAUCAGCUUUUUGCAUAUGAAAGAGCUCUUUCUUUUUCUUCU